CAUAAGUCGCAGCAUUGACAAAAGCCUUGAAACCGGAGCCACUGAAAGAGGAAAUGCACCAAUCAGCAAGCUCCUUUGGACAAAAAGAAAGAAACAGCUUUUGCAGGCUGCGCGGCCGUCCGCUCUGCUCGGGCCCAAAUGAGCGCAGACGGCUGACGGAUGGACCGUAACAUGGAUGCAUACUUGGACCAGCAAGUGCCUUUCACUUUAGCAAACAAAUCUCAAGGAAAUGGGCCCCCAAAUAGACUGUUGAUGGCCGCCAAAAGGAAAUACAUGGACACAGAAUUGCCCCCUCAAGAAUCUGAAGACCUCUUCCAGGAUUUAAGCCAACUGCAAGAGACGUGGCUGACAGAAGCUCAGGUUCCGGACAGCGACGAGCAGUUUGUUCCGGAUUUCCACUCGGAGAACUCAGUGGCCUUUCACAGCCCGCCCGUCACCAUCAAGAAAGAGCCACAGAGUCCGGGUUCAGACCCAAGCCAGUCGUGCAGCCACAAGCCCAACUUUGGCUUCGCCGCCAGUGGGGAGCAGUGCCUUUACGCCAGUGCCUAUGAGCAGAAAAGGGCCGGUGCAGGGGGCGCCAAGCGGUCUUGCCCGGGCACCCCCAUGUCACCCAUGCAGCAGCAUUACUCGGUCAAACCCGCGGCGGCCGGCCGGCCCGACGCCGGCUACAUGAACCCGGCCGCCACUUCGCAGCCGCUGCCCAGCAACGCGUACCCCCCCGAUGCCAGAUAUCAGGGCCCCUCAGGAGACCCCAUGUGCCCCCAAUUCCCCGCACCAUCGCAGGCCUUCCAGCGAAUGCCCUCCGCCCCGGCGGGACACGGCAGCGGGGGCGGUCCGGCCGGGUGCUACCACCGGCAGCACUCGGACCCCUGCAUGCCCUACCUGCAGCAGAGCUUCAAACAAGAAUAUAUGGAUCCCCUCUACGAGCGGGCGGGUCACGUGGGGGCGCACGGCACAGGGCCGGGGCAUGGCCGCGGGCACGGGAUGCCGCCCCACGCAAGCCAGCACCCGCACAGGUUUCCGCCGGCACAUAUGAUGGUCAAGCAGGAGCCCACGGACUACAACACAGAUGUGUCAGGAUGUUCUUCCAUGUACCACCACAGCGAAGCCUAUCCCACCCCCCAGCCAGCCCCCGAAGGUUACGGGUUUGAGAAUGACUCCCGCGUGGUCCCAGAGAAGUUUGAAGGUGAGGUAAAGCAGGAAACAGGCGGCGGCGGUGGCGGCGUGUUCCGCGAGGGAACGCCUUACCAGCGGCGAGGCUCGCUGCAACUGUGGCAAUUCUUGGUGGCCCUCCUGGAUGACCCCGGCAACGCGCACUUCAUCGCCUGGACCGGCCGCGGGAUGGAGUUCAAGCUCAUUGAGCCCGAAGAGGUGGCCCGGUUGUGGGGGAUGCAGAAGAAUCGUCCCGCCAUGAACUACGACAAGCUGAGCCGCUCUCUGCGCUACUACUAUGAGAAGGGAAUCAUGCAGAAGGUGGCGGGCGAGCGCUACGUGUACAAGUUUGUGUGCGAGCCCGAGGCGCUGAUCUCGCUGGCCUUCCCCGACAAUCAGCGGCCCAGCCUGAAGGCCGAGUUUGAGCGCUACGUCAACGAGGAGGACACGGUGCCGCUGUCUCACCUGGACGAGGGAGGGCCGCCCUACAACGCUGCCGAGCACCCCGCCCACGCCGCCCAGCCCUACUCCAAAGCCUAUAUGUACUAAAGCCGCAUCCCUCCGAGCCCCCCCGAAUCCCUUGCUGUACCCCCAAAGCAUCUUUAUACACGCCUCCAUGCACCCCUUCCCCCGCCGCCACUUGUAUAUACAGCUACGGUGUUUCUGUUCUAAAUUAAUCUCACGAGGGAGCUGAGUUUCCCGAGGCUCCCUGUCACCGCCGAGGCCUCGAAAUACGAUUGUGGAUCAAGAGAUUGCUUAAUAAAUACUUCAAAUUAUA